AGCAUCUUUCCUCAGCGCACAGCUGUUAGUGACCCUCCGCUGUGUGCUGGGAUGACAGCGCCACAGCAAAUGCAUUCAUGAGAUGAUAUGAAAAGCGUUAUCCUCCACAAAUAACAUAUACUGUAAAUAAAGCGACGUACGAAAAUCCUCGGUUAGCCGGCUGUUUCUUAGCUCAAGACGCCAUGCAGUCGGAGGAUGCGCGGUAUUUGCAGAGGAAAGUCAAGGCAAAGAGCAUAGAUGUCCACCCCACAGAAAAAGCUCUUGUCGUGCAGUAUGAAGUCGAAGCAAACAUUUUGGGAGAAAUGGGAGACCGUAUGCAUGGCGAACGGAAGGAGUGCCAGAAAAUAAUUCGGCUGAAGAGCCUGAACUCCAAUACGGACAUCGCCUCCCUGGCCCGGAAGGUGGUGGAAGAAUGCACACUCAUACACCCCUCCAAGCUGCCAGAGGUGGAGCAGCUGCUGUUCUACCUGCAGAAUCGCAGGAAGUCUAACGGGAAGGAAAAAAGGGAGAAGAGGUCAGUUAAGCCUAGAGAUCUCACCCCUUUUGAGGGAAUGGAGAUCGAUGAAGAAGCCAACAUCAACAAUAUCGAUGACUAUGUGGAGCUGCUCUACGAGGAUGUGCCUGAGAAAGUGAGGGGCUCCACGCUAAUUCUCCAGCUGGCUCGCAACCCCGACAAUCUUAAAGAGCUGCUUCACAAUGAAACGGCUCUUGGCGCCCUGGCCCGUGUCCUUCGAGAAGACUGGAAGCAAAGCGUGGAUCUGGCCACCACCAUCAUCUACAUCUUCUUCUGCUUUUCAAGCUUCUCCCAGUUCCACGGCAUAAUCACCCACUACAAGAUCGGAGCCCUCUGCAUGAAUAUCGUUGAGCACGAGUUAAAGCGAUAUGACCUGUGGCAGGAUGAGCUGCAGCGGAAGAAGAAAGCUUGUGACGAUGAUUCUGACAACCACACCCUCAAGAAGGAACAUGAGAAGGCCUUUAAGAAGUAUCAAGGGCUGCUGGUGAAACAGGAGCAGCUGUUACGAGUGGCUCUGUACUUGCUGCUUAACUUGUCGGAGGACCCGCGGACGGAGCUGAAGAUGAGGAACAAGAACAUUGUCCACAUGCUGGUGAAGACCCUGGAUAGGGAGAACACGGAUCUGCUGGUCCUGGUGGUCUCCUUCCUCAAGAAGCUCAGCAUCUACCUGGAGAAUAAAAAUGACAUGGCUGAGAUCGACACGGUGGAGAAGCUGUCCAGGCUGGUCCCCUGCGAUCAGGAGGACCUGCUGAAUGUCACCCUGCGGCUGCUGCUCAACCUGUCCUUCGACACCGUCCUGCGCAGCAAGAUGGUCCAAGUGGGCCUGCUGCCCAAGCUCACCAACCUGCUGGUCAAUGAGAGCCAGAAGCAGAUAGCCAUGUGCAUCCUGUACCACAUCAGCGUCGACGACCGCUUCAAGUCCAUGUUUGCCUACACCGACUGCAUUCCACAACUGAUGAAGAUGCUUUUUGAGCAUGGCGAGGAGCGCUUGGAUGCUGAGCUCAUUUCCUUCUGCAUUAACAUCGCGGCCAACAAGAGGAACUCGCAGAUCAUCUGUGAAGGUAACGGCCUGAAGAUGCUGAUGAAAAGGGCCUUGAAACUGAAGGAUCCUCUUCUGAUGAAGAUGAUCAGGAAUAUAUCCCAACAUGAUGACCCACCCAAAGACUUAUUCAUUGACUAUGUGGGGGAUCUGGCCGCCCAGAUUAGUGGCGAUGAGGAUGAGGAGUUUGUGAUCGAGUGCCUGGGCACGUUGGCUAACCUGACCAUCCCGGACCUGGACUGGGAGCUGGUGCUGAGGGAGUACAACCUGGUGCCCUUUCUGAAGGACCACCUCAAGCCAGGCUCUGCAGAGGAUGACCUCAUCCUAGAGGUGGUGAUCAUGAUUGGCACCAUCUCCAUGGAUGACUCCUGUGCCGCCAUGUUUGCCAAGUCAGGAAUCAUCCCGGCCUUGAUCGAGCUGCUCAACGCCCAGCAGGAGGAUGAUGAGUUUGUCUGUCAGAUUGUCUACGUCUUCUACCAGAUGGUGUUCCACCAGGCCACCCGAGACGUCAUCAUCAAGGAGACCCAGGCUCCGGCCUAUCUCAUCGACCUGAUGCAUGACAAGAAUGCUGAGAUCAGGAAGGUCUGUGACAACACGCUGGACAUUAUUGCGGAGUAUGAUGAAGAGUGGGGGAAGAAGAUCCAGAGUGAGAAGUUCCGCUGGUACAACUCGCAGUGGCUGGAGAUGGUGGAGAAUCGGCAGAUGGACGAGGCCGAGCCCUUCAUGUACGGCGAUGACGGCGACGUCCUGGAGAGGCCCGACCUCUUCUACAGCGCUGAUGGGAUAAUCCCCUCGGAUGGUGCCCUUAGCCCCGAGUUCUUCCACGCCCAGAAUGGUGACAUCGCACAGCAGGUCUUCGGAGCUGGCGUGAGCCCCGAUGGAUUUGGACAAGCGGCCAUCUCACCAGGACGUCCCGCCACGGCCUACGGUUUCCGACCCGAUGAGCAUUUCUUCUACCGAUACGGAUCCUCCCGCUAGAACCAUUACCCUUGGCGAAAAGUCCUGACCGGGUCCCCUGUUCUUUAGACUGAAACGCCUCCGGAAAACUAGACUGGCAGUUUAUUACGAUGCCAACACUAUGCCCAGCACUUAAGCAUAACGGCUUUGAGUAGUUAGGGUUCCAUGUUUAUAUAUUAUACAAAGUUAUCAGAAUCAUCCUCGGAAUUAGUUUGUAUUUAGUUUCACUAUUCUGCCGGCGGCCUCACGUAACUCGAAAUGUUUCUGCAUGUCGGGUUAUUCGGGCCGCACGUCGCAUUGGAAAACUCCACGACUGUAAGUAUAGGCUUCCACUUCUAACGCAUUAAACGUCAAUAAACGACAAGCAGACUUAGUGAAAAACAGGCACACGCAUUGUAUAAUAAACUUUUAGUAGUGAUAUUUUUUUUUAUGGUAGUCGACGGACUGAAGUGUCCUGGGAACAGUUGCAUGGAUUAUUGUCUUGGUGUUCUUUGCUUAUAUGAAAGUAUUUAAUGUUCUGACACUGGAAGACUGUUGCAUUACACGUCCUAGAAUUGUUGCUGGCAAUACAAAGCUACUGUAUUAAAUUAAAACGUAAGAAAGCACUACCUUAUGUUCCCUUUGUUACUGGCUAACAAUAUGCAUUAUCGGUUUAGAAAUGCUCUUUUGUAUUAUUUAUUAUUUUCUAUGGAUUGUCUGUUAUUUUUUUGUAGCCAUUCUGGGACAAUGGGACUCCCGGUGGGGGGCUGAAGCUUGUCAUGUCUGCUGUAACAUUAAAAAGCAUUUGCUGCCAUGAUCGAAUUCUGAAGCUGUGUGAUUGGACAGAUUAUGUGAAGUUUGGUAUGAUUGGUCCAUUUAUGUACGCAUUCAUCCAAAUAAAGAUGAUCGCAACACCA